AUGGGCUACACUGAUUUGGAUACAUUGGCUGUCAACACGAUCCGUGUUCUCGCGGUCGAUGCCACCUCCAAGGCCAACUCCGGUCACCCCGGUGCCCCUAUGGGCAUGGCUCCCGUUUCUCACGUCCUCUUCAACAAGUUCAUGAACUUCAACCCCCAGAACCCCGACUGGGUCAACCGUGAUCGUUUCGUUCUCUCUAACGGCCACGGUUGCAUGCUCCAAUAUGCUCUUCUCCACCUCUUCGGUUACCAGCUCUCCCUGGAUGACCUGAAGAACUUCAGACAACUUGACAGCAUCACCCCCGGUCACCCCGAGGCUCACGACACCCCCGGUGUUGAGGUCACCACUGGCCCCCUUGGUCAGGGUUUCUCUAACGCCGUUGGUCUGGCUAUUGCCCAGGCUCACACUGCCGCUAUCUACAACAAGCCCGGCUACGAUCUCAUCAACAACUACACAUACACCUUCUUCGGUGAUGGCUGUGCUAUGGAGGGUGUUGCCAGCGAGGCUGCCUCUUUGGCUGGUCACCUGAAGCUUGGUAACCUCAUUGCCAUCUACGAUGACAACCAUAUCUCCAUCGACGGUGACACCAAGUGUGCUUUCACUGAGGAUGUCAUGAAGCGCUUCGAGUCCUACGGCUGGCACCACGUUUGGGUCAAGGACGGUGAUAACGACCUUGCCGCCAUUGAGAAGGCCAUCCAGGAGUGCCGUGAGGUUAAGGACAAGCCCUCUGUCAUCCGUCUUACCACCACCAUCGGUUUCGGCUCCAAGCUGCAGGGUACCGGUGGUGUUCACGGUAACCCCCUCAAGGCUGAUGAUGCCGAGAGUGUGAAGACCAAGUUCGGCUUCGACCCCAAGCAGAGCUUCGUCGUCCCCCAGCAGGUCUACGACCUUUACCACAAGACUGCUGCUCAGGGUGCUGCUAAGGAGCAGGAGUGGAACCAGCUCUUCGAGAAGUACGCCACUGAGUACAAGGAUGAGCACGCUGACCUCACUCGUCGUCUUGCUGGCAAGCUUCCUGAGGGUUGGGAGAAGAGCCUGCCCACCUACAAGCCUACCGACUCCGCCGUCGCCUCCCGUAAGCUGUCCGAGGCCGUCCUGGAGAAGGUCCACAGUGUCGUCCCCGAGCUGCUUUCCGGCUCUGCUGAUCUGACUGGUUCCAACAACACCCGCUGGAAGAACGCCGUCGACUUCCAGCCCCCUGAGUACAACAUCGGUGACUGGUCCGGCCGUUACCUCCGCUACGGUGUCCGUGAGCACGCCAUGGCUGCUAUCAUGAACGGUCUUGCCGCCUACGGUACCAUCAUCCCCGCUGCCGGUACUUUCCUGAACUUCGUCUCCUACGCUGCCGGUGCCGUCCGUCUGUCCGCUCUCUCCCGCGUUCGUGUCAUCCACGUCGCUACCCACGACUCCAUCGGUCUGGGUGAGGACGGUCCCACUCACCAGCCUAUUGAGACCCUGGCUCACUUCCGUGCUCUCCCCAACUGCAUGGUCUGGCGUCCCGCUGACGGCAACGAGACCAGCGCCGCCUACUACUCUGCCCUCACUUCCAAGCACACCCCCAGCAUUCUGGCCCUUACCCGUCAGAACCUGCCCCAGCUUGAGAACUCCAGCAUUGAGGCUGCUCUGAAGGGUGCCUACGUCGCCAUCGAGGCCCCCAACGCUGCCGUCACCAUCAUCUCCACUGGUUCCGAGGUCAGCAUCGCUAUCGAGGCUGCCGCUUACCUCAAGGAGAAGCACAACGUUGUUGCCCGUGUCGUCUCCGUCCCUUGCUUCGAGGUCUUCGAUGCCCAGGACAAGGAGUACAAGCUCAAGGUUCUCCCCGACGGUAUUCCCGUUCUCUCCGUCGAGGCUGCCUCCACCAUGGGUUGGGAGCGCUACGCUCACGAGCAGUUCGGUCUCAACCGCUUCGGUGCCUCCGGCCCUUACAAGCAGGUCUACGAGAAAUUCGAGUUCACUCCUGCCGGUAUCAGCAAGCGCGCCCUCGCUACCAUCGACUUCUACAAGGGCCACCCCGUGCGCUCCCCUAUCAACCGUGCUUUCCAGCAGAUUCUGUAG